GGGCGCGCGCACGGCCGGGGAGGCGGCGGCGGGCGGCGGCGGCGGCGCCCCGGCCGGGGAGGGCGAUGAGCGGCGGGGAGCGGCCCUGAGCCGCUGCGGCCGCACACGCCGGGGACGCGGGCGCGGCCAGAAGGCAUUGCAGCAGAAGUGGGUCUUAAGCUGGGACUUGAUUGCAGAGAAGGCAGAGGCCUUGCAGCUGAUGACCUCAUUAGGAGCUGCAGCCUUCCUUUCCUUUUUCUUCAAGUGUUUGUGAGGUCAUCAGCUGCUAAAAGGCAAACAGAACCCUGAGAAGUUGAACUCCUGUUUUUAGCAGGAUGCGUCAGGAUGAAACGCCACAGGCAUCUAAGCACCAGUGACAGUUCAGACAAUGAGAGUCCUUCCACUUCCUUUUCCUCUUGUUCCAAAUACAGGAGCAAAUCAAAAACUCCAAAUGAACAAAAGAAACCUGCUGAGAUCAUUUUUGGCUUACAGGGUUUCUUCGUUUUGUUGAGCAUGAUCAGCCAUGACAUACACCUGAGGCCAGUUUCUUUGAAACAAGCCAUGGUGUUCAGGAAGGACCUCAUUAGUGCCAUGAAACUCCCAGACUCUCACCAUGUUAACCCUGAUGAAUAUUACCUCUUUGCGGACACAUGGAAACAAGAAUGGGAAAAGGGUGUUCAGGUCCCAGCCAGUCCCGACACGAUUCCACAGCCUUCUCUCAGGGUUGUAGCAGAAAAGGUGAAGGAAGUACUGUAUACACGACCUAGGAAGUACAUCCAUUGUUCCAGCCAAGAGCCCACAGAACCUGGUUACAUCAAUAUUCUGGAACUGGCAGAAUCUGUGUGUCGCUAUGACUUGGAUGACAUGGAUAUCUUUUGGCUUCAAGAAUUAAAUGAGGAGCUUACAGAAAUGGGAUGUGGGCCCCUUGAUGAGAACACAAUGGAGAAGACGGUAGAAGUCCUGGAACGGCAAUGUCAUGAGAAUAUGAACCAUGCUAUUGAGACUGAGGAAGGGCUGGGCAUAGAAUACGAUGAAAAUGUGAUCUGUGACGUGUGCCGGUCCCCUGACAGUGAAGAUGGGAAUGAUAUGGUGUUUUGUGACAAGUGUAAUGUUUGUGUCCAUCAGGCAUGUUACGGAAUCUUAAAGGUUCCUGAAGGCAGCUGGUUGUGUCGCACUUGUGUUCUGGGAAUACAUCCUCAGUGUCUCCUGUGUCCAAAGAGAGGAGGUGCCAUGAAAGCUACUAGGACAGGGACCAAGUGGGCACAUGUGAGCUGUGCCCUCUGGAUUCCAGAGGUUAGCAUUGCUUGCCCAGAAAGGAUGGAACCAAUCACAAAAGUAUCUCACAUUCCGCCAAGUCGAUGGGCUUUAGUCUGUAGCUUAUGCAAACUUAAAACCGGUGCUUGCAUUCAGUGCUCUGUGAAAAGCUGCAUCACUGCCUUUCAUGUCACCUGUGCCUUUGAGCAUAGCCUAGAGAUGAAGGCCAUUUUGGACGAUGGGGAUGAGGUCAAGUUCAAGUCGUACUGUCUAAAGCAUAGCAAAAACAAGCAGAACUCGGUGCCUGACGUUGAGGAGAACCCCAAGAGCAUGGCAGACCAGAAGCAAACGGAGAGUGAGAAAACUAGUUUGCGUGCUCAGAAACUGAGAGAGCUGGAGGAGGAGUUCUACUCAUUAGUUAAAGUGGAAGAUGUUGCAGCAGAACUGGGCCUUCCUAAAAUUGCUGUGGACUUCAUUUAUAAUUACUGGAAAUUAAAGCGGAAAAGUAACCUUAACAAACCAUUGUUUCCUCCCAAGGAGGAUGAAGAAAAUGGCUUGGUGCAGCCAAAAGAAGAUAGCAUUCAUACCCGCAUGAGGAUGUUCAUGCAUUUGAGGCAGGAUCUAGAAAGGGUACGGAAUCUCUGCUACAUGGUGAGCAGAAGAGAGAAACUGAAACUGUCCCAUAGUAAAGUACAUGAACAAGUCUUCAAUUUGCAAGUCCAGCUCGUUAAUCAGGAAAUUGCGGCAGGCCAUUCUCUGACAAGUGCACUAGAGAACACACUGUUCUACCCACCUCCCAGAAUCACCUUGAAAUUAAAAAUGCCCAAAUCGGCGCUGGGUGACUGCAAAAAUAACUCUAUGAUAAAACCUGGCAACAGACCCCUAUCUCCUGACAACACCACUAUUUACAACAAAAGGAAUGUGCAGAUGUCAAAGGAGUCAUUUGAAAUUAAAGCAAAAUCAUACUCUCGGUAUCCGCAUGACAACCGAAGUAAUGGGUUAUUGGUAGGGAUUGGCAAGACUAGGAAUGAAACAAAAGAUUCUGGACCUGCACAGUCACCAGAGUUUCAUCGUGGGCAGUCAUCUGGUAAACCAUUAGCACUUCAAGCUGCAUUGCAUGGACAGUCUUCCAUUGGGAAUGGAAAAAUGCAGCAAGAGAACUCAAGAUUUAAGAAAUCCAAUGGUUUAAUGGGCAGGGCUGAAGAUGUAACUCAGAGAGACAGGUCCAGCCAGACACCAUAUGAACAAGAAUCUGUGCUCACUGCUCAUUUGGCUAGUCAAAGCAAUUUUAGAAAAUCUACAAUAGAACAUUUUAGCAGGUCCUUUAAAGAGGCUACCAACAGUUUGGUGAGGACCACAGAAGAUCUGAGGUGCUGUGAAAAGCCAACAAGGAGGCUUUCAACAAAAGAACGUUUGUGGAGCAAGCAGACUCUUGAAUUCCAGACAGGAGGAGCUCCAUACCAGGAUAAUGAUGGGUAUUGCCCUGAUUUGGAGCUAAGUGACUCUGAAGCUGAAAGUGAUGAGAAUAAAGAACAAGUCAGAUUAAGGAGAAGCAGCUCAGAGAGAGAAAGCCAAAGUAAAGACUUUGGUAGAGAUUGUCACAAUAGAAACAAAAAAAAUAUAAUUUCUCACAGUUCAGUACAAAGGUGAUUAUAAACCCCUAAGGGGUAACUCAACCUUUGCAUAAUCCAGUGUAUUGGUGCAAACCUAGGCAUCAGAGGGUUUCAGAAAACAGGGUAGGAUUUACAUUAGGAAGAAAUGCAGUGAAAAAAGAGUAGUUUUCAGUAGUGAAUUGGCUUGCGAUUUUAAAGGGAUAGUCAAGGUUGUGUAGAAAUCAAUGUGCUUUAUUACAGGUUAACAUCUGGGAGAGUAUGGAGCUGUUAAUCUUUGCAUAACUCCAGGAGCUGCUUCCUUUUUACCUGCUUUUGUGUAAGGCAUUGUUAAAAAUGUCAGUUUUUGUGCUGCUGGACCAGGUAUUAAAGGAGUCCUUGCAUUGCUCUGUAACAUGCUGUAAAAGAUUAAUGCAGACACUAAAACUGCAUUCCUGUUGCACCUGCAAUAUGACCCUGAUCAGCAAAAACUUAAGCAUGUGCUUAAAACUUUAAGCACAUGAAUAGUUCCAUUGACUCCAGUGGGAGUACUCACACACUUUAAAUUUAAAGCACAUGUUUAAAUUCUCUGUUGGAUUGUGGUCUAAGUGACUACUAAAUGGGGAUCCUGUUCUGCAGAAAGGUUAGAACUCCAGUGAUGCUUGUAACUCCUCUCUGCAGUGUAGAAGCAAGCAUCACAAAUGCUGCCGAACUCACUGACCUCUAGAUGUGCCCCCAUACUUUGCUCUGGCUAAAGGUUGUGUUUCUCUUGACAGUAAUUCACUUUAUUUUGUAAAUAUUCAACUUCUAGUACUUCAGUUUUUUCAUCUUUGUACAUAGUUGCUUGUUGUGGGAUGCACUUGUAAAUAUUUUACCCAGCUAACAAGUAAAGAUGACUAAAUUUGUGGAUAGUGUUUACAAAAGUAGAUGUACUACAAAGAAAAAUGCGAUUUGACACUUAAAUUUUAGGCAAUCACCGAUGAUGCUAGGUUCCUCUUGAAACUUGAGGUUUCACAUCUGGAGGCAUUUAUACCUGGUAUGUUAAAAAAAGAAAAGGAAAAAAAAGCUUGAACUAAAAAUCAUUUUGUCUGACCUUUUUUUCUAUGGGCUAAAAUUUCCAAGCCUAGGUGACUAAAUAGGGGUUUAGGAGCUUAACUUUAGGAACAUAGGCUUGAAAAAAUUUAGCCAGUCAUUAUUUGAAGCACAUUUUUAUUGCUAGAUAAAUCUGGACACAUAUGUAAGACAUAUGACUACAUUAAGCUGCUUAGCCACCUCUAAUUAGUUUGUUUCCCAAACUAAAAGUGCUUUGCACAAGUUUUAAAAGUUGCAAAUGCUAAUAUGCCAACUUUCAGCCAACCUCAGCAAAAAGUCCCAUUUUAUUCUUUACAGCAUGUGGUUUGUUUUGUUUGAAU